AUGGACGACGACAUGGACUUUUUGGACCCCACAAAACUCGAGAUGUCAACUGAAAAUGCUGGGGGAGACUUUGACGACCUAUUCGCUCGAGCCACAACCUCCUGUCCGAAUGGCGCCUCAGGGCCUUCGAAGCCAUACCAAGAUCAAAACCCCAUGAGGCAAGUGUCGACUCUUGCCGCGGACUCGCCAGCCGAAUCGCCAGAUGAUUCAGGUCGCAGUUCUUCCUCCGAAUCGCCACGGAACCACCUGCGACAAACAUCGAUCGCUUCGACAACCUCUGCAGCACAUAGUGAGAAUCCCUUAGCUUCUAUUAGUUAUCCGUCGGAGGACUGGAUGCACCCGGAAUUAUCGUCAGUCAAGGAGGAAUCGCCGUUCAACAUUGAUCCGUCUUUUCAGAUGGACGGUAGUUUCUCUAUGGAUCCUGAUCUGGAGGUCAGCAAUAAGGCAAUGGAUGCAGCCUUUGAUUUUGAAAGUGCAGCAAGUAGCCCUAGUCCAUUGAAGACGGACAAUGGGUCACGGCCCAGACCCCCGAAGCGCUCGAAAUCUCAGCUCUGGAGUCCGUCGAGCAAUAACACUGGGCUGGAAUCAGUUGAUGCGGUGCCUUCGGUUGGUCAUUUGAACCGCGUUCUUGUUUUUCGCGUUGCUAACAAAUCACAGGUCCAUGCUCCCGGAUCUCCGUUUUUCGCUUUUGGACUCAACGGACAAUCGCCAUACUCGACUGCAAUGCCUCAAGAUAUGGAUAGAGCCGCUCCGCAAUGGGGCGGACAGUCUCCUUCGUCGUUUCUAGAAGAAAGUUUCGGUGGCAUAAACAUGAAUCGCCAAUCACCUCUCCACGCCUCCCUAUCACCAGCUAUGAACUUCGGCUCGCCGGCAUCGUAUCAAUUUCCUGUCAACUUCGCCUCCUCCCCGGCUCAACCUCAAUUGAACGCGCGUUCUCCACGACCUGUUCUUACUGUGCAUCCAACUUCCCUCAAAUCUCGCGUUGAGACUCAAAUUCCGAUCCGAUUGACCCUCUCCCCGCUACCGACGGGCGUCAAGAAACUCCGUCUUCCCUCACACACCAUCUCAAAACUCAAAUUCCUUGCUCCUCCUGCCACCGAACCUACUCGCGAUACCCUUCAAUUGUACACAAGUCUGGUCUGCACAAGCGCCAUGCAAGACAGAGAAAAAAUCAAGCGGGCAUUUGCACGGACAAGAGGUGAUCACUAUCAAGCAAUUUCGGAUGACGAACGUCCGUUGGACGGAGGUGAUGUGAAGAUAUGUAGCGGGUGCAUACAGCGAGAACGGAAACGUGCGUCACGGAAGAAGCAGAGGAAGCCCGAGGAAGACGAAUUGUUUCAAAAGGAUGAAGAGAAGCGUGUCAUCGUCUUCAAUACCAGCGAGAUCAAGGAAUGGACCGAACCAGCAAAGAACUCCAGCGGUGGCUAUGGGGAUAGAUUAUCGGUCCCACCAGGAUCAAUGCAAGUGGAACUGCCGAUGCGGAUUGCAUGCUAUUGCCGACACCAAAAUGAGAAGCUCGGUUUCCAGGUCAUCUUCACUGUGAAAGAUCACUUGGACAAUGUAGUGGCGCAGGCAAUCACAAAUUCGAUUAUGAUAACCGAUGACCACAAGACGCAGGCUCCAUCCGCGCCUGUACCGACUGGCCCUUCGCCAUCCCUUGCAGAUGGGACACAAGUACCGGGAGUUGGAGUGUUUCCCUCGGGCCAAACCCCCGAGAACGGGCAAAAUUCUCUCGGUGCACCUCAUUCGCCAACUGAUCUGCAGGGUCUUCAACAAAGGUUCAAUUCACAAUAUCAGCUUACUCCCAGUUCAUUUGCGGCACCGGGCUCAACAAAUGGAGGGCACAUGCCUCAGACGUCCAGGAGCCUGUCCCGAGGAGCAUCCCCAUCUGAUUUCCAAGGGCCACAGAGUAAACGACGCAAACAUAGCAGCUCCGGAAGGCUUCCAUCGGAACUGACGAUGACACGGCUCGAGACACCUCAGUCAUCGGCAGCAGCCUUGAACAACGAUCCGCAACUUGCGACUACUCGUGGAUUCACUUCACCAAGUGAACGGCCAUUCGUGAACCCAUCCGCCAUGUCAGGUCAAUAUGGAAAUAGCCCGCCCACUCCCAACCAGACCAAUGAUAACAAUCCAUUCUUCAACCCAACUCCUGCCCAGCGACAAAGUUUAGAUACCCUAGCCGGGGGGGCAGUGGCCUCAACGUCCAACUCCACCCAUCCCAGUCGUCCAGGAACACCAGGUGGCUCGAAUCGUAACUGCUUUCAUGAUUCAAAUCUUCCCAUGGGACUUGGUUCGAAUUCCUCAAGCCAGGUCUGGCCUCCUCUCAACAAUGCUCCCAAUCGAUUGCCAUCAGUGAUACACAAGUUGGUACCUGCCGAGGGGUCCAUCACAGGGGGUACUGAGGUUACGUUGUUGGGCAGCGGGUUUUAUCCAGGCAUGGAGGUUGUUUUCGGUGACACCUUGGCUACUACAACCACAUUCUGGGGUGACAAGUGUCUCAACUGCCUCACCCCUCCCGCUCUUCAACCAGGAUUGGUGUCUGUAGUGUUCAAACACGAGCACCCCACAUUUGGCCAAGUCCAGCAGUCUCAACCCCUUAUGCCCAAACAACAGCUGUUCUUCCGCUAUGUUGAUGAUCGCGAGCUUCAGAUGUAUCGCCUAGCAUUGAACAUUCUCGGUCAGAAAUUGGGCAGCCAAGCGGAUGCAUUCCACACAGCGCAACAGAUCAUGGGAAGCGAUCCAAACGCGUUUUUCAACAUGCAGGCAGACAUGCAAGGCAACUCCUCUGGGGGUCAGCAACGCCAAGUACCGGGUCUUGAGAAUCACGGCAAACUUGGCGAUCUCGACUCCAAGAUGCUAACGUACUUGGAAUUCAUCGACUUGGAUAACAGUCCCAGGCCUCCGCGAUAUAACUCUCGCAGCACGACCGGCCAGAGUCUUCUUCACUUUGCGGCGUCGUUGGGACUGACGAGAUUCGUUGCCGGGCUUUUGGCUCGAGGUGCAAACCCCGACGUGCAAGACAACACGGGCAAUGCGCCAAUGCAUCUAGCCGCCCUCAAUGGCCAUGCUCACAUUGUCCACCGGUUGCGUCUGACGGGUGCCAAUCCCAACACUCGUAGUGUACGGGGUUUCACUGCCGCGGACCUAGCUACAACGCUCCCAGCGCACCAAGCCGCAUUGCUUCCGUCUCACAACUACCGGUCUCGCAGUGUUGGAUCCAUCACGUCUCGCCGCCGGCAAGGUAGCUCGGCCUCGCUCAACUCGAUGUGGGAGGUUUCUUCCGCCUCUGGAUCUCUUGGCCAUGCUGUUGAUGAUUCAGAGGAUCUGGACGAUGAGGACGAAACUACUGAUGAUUCCGACUCGGAGCCUCUUCACUUUAGCUCUUCUCGUCGGUCUAGUAUGCAUCAAGACGUCAGUCCGCCAAGCAUGGACAACAGCGAACAAACAAUCGCACCCAGAGACGCUCAAGGUUUCGCCCCGCCAGCACCUCUUGUCGCGUGGCGUGACCAGCUAGCUCUUCAAAUCAAUCAAUUCCAGCAGAGCGUGGCUAACGCCUUCCCCAAUCUCCCCAAUCUCCCGGCUCUCCCUCCGAUGCCUCCGAUGCCUGCAAUGCCUGCAAUGCCCGCAAUGCCCGCAAUGCCUGCGAUACCCACGAUACCCGCCUUCCAGGACUACCAAGGCCAAGGAAUGAUGCGCCGUAUAACCAAGCUUGUCCCUAACCGACCUGCUGCUCGGGAUGGCUGGUGGGAUUACCUGAAGGGCACUUCCGCGCCCAACCCCAACCAACCACCUUCAUAUGAUGAACUGUUUCCGCACCCCGAAUCCACCGAUGAUUCCGACAUGAAGAAGUCCAGUCUGCUCCGUGCCGCAACAGAGGCAGCUAUCGACCAACAUUUCGAAGCCCAGAGCAGUGCUGCUGCUGCUGCCGCUGCCGCCGCCGCCUCGGCAUCGGCUUCCGCUUCAGCUUCCCUCGCACUAUUCGAGAAGGACGAUAUCAAAGACAUCACAAUUGGGCGCAAUGCCAUCUCGCGUGAGCAACAAAAGCAUCUCCGAGAGCAACAGGCUCGACGAAUGAAGGGUCUAGGCAGCGACCGAAACCUGUACUUCAUUUGGAUUCCCCUUCUUAUUCUUGUUAUCUGCGCCUGGGGUCGAAAUUAUGUUCCCGGGAUUUGGCAAGGCGUCACGAACAGCUUUGAAUUCGUGAAGGCUCGCUACACACAGCCGGCUGUGGAACUGGGCAUUUAG